GGGGUAGUCGUAGGUAGCUAGAGCUACGUAUAUAGGGAUGCAAUCACAGACACAUAAUUACACUAGAGAAGCGACCAUUUCUCUAAAAACAGAAUGCCCAAAAAUUCAACCUGACAACGAUAACAUGGAGAACCACUACAGCGCACCUACUAACGAAGUCCCUUCAAGAGAGCUGGAGAUCACAAAAAUAGAUACAAACGUGAACACAAGCUUAGCUCCGAUCAAGGUAUUAAAACUCAUCGCUAACAAGGCUAACAAGGCUAACCAAGCUAACAAGGCCUCAACUUCCACCACGUGGACGCAGAAAAGUAAGAACGAAACAACGCCUCCCCACACCAGCCAAAACGCAACAAUGGGCCAACAGAAACCUAACACAAGUCAAAACGCAAUGGGCCAACAGAAACCCAACGAACAAAGCCACUGGUGUCAGUCCUAGGCGACUCACCAUUGUAACCAAUAGGGGAAGCACCCACGAACUGUACUCGUCAAUACUUCUGCAGCCCUACAACAUCCAUCAACAGGCACACUUUUAACUAGCAUCCCAUGCAACACGCCAACGCUCAACAAUUCACCCAACACGUCGGCAACCAAUCACGAACAACCAACCCUGAUAUCGGCCAUUAUAGCAACAACAACAAAAUGACGUAAUACCUCACUAAUUGUAUGACAAAAAGCUUAGUGUCAGCACCUAAAUAUCAGAUAUCAGAAGCCGACAACUCACCAGCCCAUAUAACACAUAAUCUACAGAAAUCACCUCAUACAACAGUCAAAUCUUUUUGUUAUUUACACACACAGUACACACGGAUCAAAGACACAUUCACCAUCUUUCAUAUCCUCGUCACAUGAGUAUCAAUGACAAAAUAACCGACCGCAAUCUCGUCGUAGCUGCAAAGCCCUAGCGGCUUAACUAUCUCCGUGAUAGAUAUCAGGGCGUCAUUCCGCCUUAUUCGUAUUCGUGCCGUCGAUAUACCACUCCUGGGCUUUGAAGUCGAGGAAAAAGUCUACUUUGAACGAGCCGUCCCUUAUUGUAUAAAAUGUGUCCUCAAAGUCUCGAGCGCCUUAGUUCUGCUGUUGACAAGGGUCUCUACAAAGCUGAACUGCGCAAAUGGUGAUAUGUCGAUGAUUUUAUUGCCUUACUUUUCCCUGGCCGAGGUAAUGUUGAAGUCGCCCGCAUGCUCGCUUUCUUUUUCAAAAUGAUCAUACCUGUUGCCUUUGAGAAAACAUUCGC